UCUACUUCCUGUGCUCUAGCACCCCGGCUUAAAUGUAAACUUUAUUUAUAACAUUGAGCAAUCGAGGCCACCUUCUCUGGGGGAGGUGGCACUGGCUUGAGGUGUGGCAGCUCUCCGAAGGAGAAGAUACACCAAGAGGGAAAGGGAUGGGUCAGGGUCUGAGCUGCGCAGGGAGCCAUGAACAUGGCCUCUUCACUGCGGUACAGCAUGGCGAUAUCGCCACUGUCAGAAAUCUCUUACACAGAGACCCAACUAUCGUGCACCAUACUACUGUCUACGAUCGCCAUUCUGUUCUUCAUAUAGCCGCUGCCAAUGGCCAGAUCGAGAUUCUGUCUUUGCUGUUAGAUGGAUCUGUUAAUCCAGAUGUCUUGAAUCGUCAAAAGCAGACUCCUCUCAUGUUGGCUGCAAUGAACGGAAAGAUCGCCUGCGUGAAAAAACUCCUUGAAGUCGGAGCUAAUGUAUUGAUAUUUGAUUCGCUUUACGGUAGAACCUGCCUGCACUACGCAGCCUACUAUGGUCAUCCUUCUUGCCUUGAAGCAAUUCUUUCCGCGGCAAAAUCUAGUUCAGUGGCUGCUUCUUGGGGAUUUGCUCGGUUUGUUAAUAUCAGGGACGGUAGAGGAGCGACGCCAUUGCACUUGGCUGCCCGUCAGAGACGGCCUCAAUGUGUGCAUAUUCUAUUAGACAAUGGAGCUCUUGUCUGUGCUUCGACAGGCGGAUACGGCUGUCCUGGGAGCACUCCUCUUCAUUUAGCUGCCAGAGGGGGAUCUCUGGAUUGCAUCCGUGAGCUGUUGGCAUGGGGUGCAGAUCGUCUUCAACGGGAUGCUUCAGGGCGGAUACCAUAUGUGGUUGCCCUAAAACACAAGCAUGGAGCAUGUGCAGCUUUGUUAAAUCCUACAUCUGCUGAACCUCUUGUCUGGCCUUCACCUUUGAAGUUCAUCAGUGAACUUAAUCCAGAUGCCAAAGCAUUAUUAGAACGGGCCUUGAUGGACGCAAACAGGGAAAGGGAGAAAAAUAUACUGAAAGGAAGCGCUUACUCGCUUCCAUCUCCAUCACAUUCUGAUAAUGGGGUAGAUGACAGUAUCUCUGAGGCCAGUGAGACGGAACUGUGCUGCAUCUGCUUUGAGCAGGUUUGCACAAUUGAAGUCCAGGGUUGUGGCCACCAGAUGUGUGCACAAUGUACUUUAGCCCUCUGCUGCCACAACAAGCCUAAUCCUGUUACUGCCUCCCUCACUCCUCCAGUUUGUCCAUUUUGCCGAAGCACCAUAGCCAGACUGGUGGUUGUGAAGAUCAAGAGUCACGAGGACACAGAUGUAGAAGCUGGGGAUGUCAGUUCUUCAAAAUUAACCAAGUCAAGGAAAGCCCGAAACUUGAAUGAAGGCAGUAGCAACAGCUUCAAAGGACUAUCAUUCGGAAAGAUGAGUGGACGCAGCUCGGGAAGGAUUGCUGCAGAAAAUGAAUGGGUUGAUAAAGAGUGAGCAGUGCCUCCUUCUGCAUGUGGUGGAUAGAAAUUUCGUAUGGACAAGGUAAGGUAACCUGCUUAAGAGGCAAGCCUAAAAGGAAGUUGAAGGAGGAUUAAUGGAGAAGCAAAGAGUAUCUGAAAUCCAUCUAUUAGGUAGUUUUGGGAAAUAAGCAAAGUGAGUUAAAGUUGCAUCUGCAUGUUAGGUAUUAAGCGUGGUUGGGGGGGGGGGGGGGUGUCAUGUAAUACUAUUAAUUGAGAGUGAAGAAGCAUCGUCUGCCCGGAUGAUUCAGGGCGUCUAUAACAUACGUAAAUUGUGUAAAGUGAGAAAUUCUUUUUCUCGAAAGUAGAAUUGAAGAUUAUUUUGUUGUCGGCUUCAUUUUGAGGAUGUUAGAGCAGUCUCCUUGGAAAGAGUCCGGGUCACAGGGUAAAUAGGACAUAGUUUGAUCUUCUUUCCCCACCAGAGUAUUUUUAUAUUUGCAUGAAGGAGGGAAUAAUUACCCUUCUGAAAUGUAUAAUUAAGUUGUUUUUAAUUUAUCUGGUGUACCAGAAUGAGGAAUAAAAUACGGUAGCGAAAGGCCUGGCUUGCUGUUCCUCGGCA